CUUCACAAAGACAGACUGUUCUGAGAAAAAAGGUGUGCUGCCCAGAGUAGUAUUUAUAAUGAUUUUUAAGUAUUUUGUUGUUAAGCAUUUAGGCUUGAAAGAUACAGUAUAAAAUAUUGUUUUACUAACUUGAGGGGCUGCUAUAUAUCGAUCUAACCACAUGUGCCCUGGACUCUGGUCUGCAGCAAAUGAAGUGAAUGAGUGAAUGAGAAUUUUUAUUAGCAAUUAUGUAAUGUGAUGAUAUCCCGUAAAUAUGAAGCAUUAAUUAUGUGAGAGUGGAAACGCUAAAUAUUUAUCUGUCACUAUAGCACCAGAAGGUAAUUGCAUUGCAUUGUCACAACUGAAAAAAACAAAAAUGCAUAAAAAAGUAUAACUAAUCAAAAUCUACUAUUAGUAAUGCAUUGGGCUGAGCAAUUGCUAGUGACACACGCAAUACAAAAAGGCAAUAUAUAUAUUUUAUUGUACAUGCAUGAAGACAAACACGUAACUUCUAGGAAGAGUUACAUAAGUGCAUAUUUAAAAUACAAGACAAUUUGAUAUCAUCACAAAGAUAUUUUUGUGGGUGUGUCUGUGUCAUGUCCUCACGUAGCCUUGUAAAAACACCUAACAUGGAUACAGUAUAAAAAUAUUUCAAAAUUGAAUUCAUACCAAUGGGACAAAAAGGUGUGAUUUUGACUGGCUGACGAUUUCGGUGCAAAAGCCAAUCAAAACCGGCCCUCGCGCUCGACCCUCGAGUUUGGGAUAGCGCCCCACCCGCACAUACGUCUGCUGCUGUGUGUCAACGUUGGGGAGAACUUUGAACUUUUGCAACAAAGUUUCUCAAAACCAAGCAGCUAGCUCAAAAUGACCAUGCCAAGUGUGAAAGACGUUUUGGUUACCUUUUUCAUGUCAGAAAAAUGUUACGAGGACUUUUACGUCAACUUUCGUGUCCACGUGUCAUGUUUGAAGAUGGUACUGAGCAAAGUCGCAGGAUUUUGGAUUCUCUUUGAUGUGCUGCUGGCGCAGCUGCUACAGUUGUUGACCGUUCUGUGGAGGGGCCGUGCAGAUGGUCUGAGCCUGACAUCUGUCCUGCUGCAGCUUUAUGCCUUCUCCUGUCCUGUUGUGUUUGCAGUGAGACACAACUUCCCCCUGGAGGCCUGGGCUGAGAGACUGUUCCUUCUGAUAGAGACGGCGUCCAUUUUUCUCCUCAUGCUGCGUUAUCAGGGUGAUACUCUCCGUGGAGUGCGAUUACUUUUGUCACACUGUGCCCUGAUCUUCUUGCUGGUAACAUACACUGCUUCCUCACUCAUUUCAAAAAUGCAAGAUACAAUUUUGCCAGCUAUAAUUUUAAGUAAGCUCCUCCAGGCCAGGGCUAAUUAUUAUAAUGGACACACGGGUGAGCUGUCCAGGCCAUCUCUGAUAUUAUCUCUAGGUGGCGCACUAGGAAAAACUUUAAAUUAUUGGGAUUCUUACAUUAUUGUUGAGAGCCUGUUCCACACAGUGUCAGCUUGCCUCAGCUUUGUCCUAGUGGUCCAGAUGUUUUACUACAUGAGGCAAAGUGGGACCAAAAAGGAUAAGAACAUGUAAACUUUACAAGACUUUUACUGUGAUUUUGCUGUGUUACUGUCAGUCAUGUUUACCUAAAAAUAUUUCAUUCCUAUUUUUGUCAAAUGUUACAACCGACAAUACAGCUGUGACUGUUUUACAUUUUUGUAUAGGGGGUUAUAUUUUAUAUUUUGUAUAAUAUCAAAUGGUGACAAUAUAAUGUGCUAAUUUGUUAUAUUAUGUCCUACUUCUGGUUUGUGUUGGAUGUACUAGGAUUUGUCCUCAUGUUUAAAUAAAAGAUUUAAAAACUUU